CGACGCCGCUCCGCGUCAGGCGCCAGCGUCGCGCUGAACAGGCCGCCGCCGGCGCCACCGCUUGAAGCGAUCGAUGUCGCUCGCUCGCUGCACACCGCGGGCGACAACAUUCAACGCUCCCCGGCUGCGUACUAGUGGUACUACACGGCAGCGCCGUGAAACCACACGACAAGCGCGCGUCGACGCAGUGUAGUAUGUAGUGUGCCGGUUGCUACUGUUUGUGGGUGCUGUGUAAUGAACCGAUUUCGCUGUUGGAUUGUGAAUCUCGCGACCGCGCUGGCGUUGCAGUUACCAGGGUUUGAAGAGUGCACGUUUUGUGUUUUGUGGCUGUGAAGGGAGAAGCACUGGCUGUGCUUUUUGACGCGGAACUUGGAACACCCGAGGAUCAGCGCCAUGGGGACGAUCGUGUGUUUCGCCGUUCACCACCAUGCGGGGAGGGGAGGGAGGCUGCGGUUCUCCGGACGGGGCUGCCUCGCGCCGGUUGUCCCGCUGGACGCUGCUGCUUCGUCAGCGGUCGUCGCAGUCCGGCAGCUUCGAGUCUGAGACGCCGCCCCGUCGUUGCUCCAUAGUGUCUGGCGCCGGUGGGCACGCAUCGGGCGUCUGUGGAAGCGAGGCAGUCCAGCUGGUUGCGUACACAAGAAGAAGCAGCCUGGUCUUGCUCUCCGCCAUGGCGGACUGCGCUGGAGUACAGGGCAUGGCCAGCGGUGCCGUCGACGUCCCGGACGGCGCCGACGCGACGGAAGCCGUCGCGGCAGACGUCGCCGCGACGGGCGACCGCGGCGCGCCCCCUUUCGAGAGCUUCCUGGAGGAAGCGCGGCUGCGCUGUGCGAGCGCCACCGAGGAACAGCUGGCCGACUUUGUCAAGAAGAACAGGGACAGCUUCGCGCGGCUGUUGCGCAUCGAGUCCUGCCGGGUACGCGGUGCGACUACCUGCAUGGGCAGUGGGGGCGCCGCCCCCGCCUCGUCGACGUCGUCGGGAGGGGGCCCCAGCAGCGACCGCGACUCGGGCGUCUUCACGGAGCCCGAAGGAGCGACCGCUAACGGCGUCGCCGGUGGCCCCACGGCGUCGUCCAGUGAGGGUGACCUCAGGGAGGCCCUCGUAAGGACUCCCGAACCGGACGCCCUCUCCAUGGGCUCUGCGGACUUGAGGGCGCUUCUCAGGGCUUGCCCGUUCUGGGACAGGGCCAGUGGCGCUUUCCUGAGCGACGCCGUGUCCGAGCCCCAGUUGAGGCCGAAACCCCCGCGCCCGUUCUCCGAGUUCCCGACGACGCUGCAGGCCAGCGCAUGCGGCAGCGCCACGAACGCGUUCGGCGGCAUUCCGAGCCGGAUGAGCUCCUCGUUCCAUUUCACCACAACGAGGACGCACUUCGAGUACUGCGGGGAGACCAACACAUUCAGGUUCCGUAACCAAGAGGUGAGCGCGAGCCUUGAGAGCAGCUACGAGAGCUUGUCCGAGAGCGAGGACGAGGAGGAGUCCCCUGAUGGCGACGAGCACCACCGCCUAGCGGCGACAACCGCAGCUCGUAGCCCCACU